AUGGGCCCCUGCGCCCCGGAGCCGGCCGCCGCGCCGGCAGGGCCUGGGGAGCCCGAGGAGCCCGAGGAGCCGGGAGAGCCCGAGGGGCCGGGGGAGCCCACGGCAGCUCCAGUCGAGGCGGAGGAGCGGGCAGCGGAGGCGAGGCAGGAAGAGGAAGAGGACUCAGACAGCGAGAAGGGCCCACCCCAAGCAGAGCCUGAAGAAGAGGAUGGAGAGGCCUUCUCCUUUAAAUACAGCCCUGGGAAGCUGAGGGGGAACCAGUAUAAGAAGAUGAUGACCAAAGAAGAGCUGGAGGAGGAGCAGAGAGUUCAGAAGGAACAGCUGGCUGCCAUCUUCAAGCUCAUGAAAGACAACAAGGAGACGUUUGGCGAGAUGUCAGAUGGCGACGUGCAGGAGCAGCUCCGGCUCUACGACAUGUAGCCUGUCACCUGCUAGGCCCCUGGAGACCCCGCAAGACCCCGCGGCUGCUGUGCCUCAACUCUGUCCCGACCCUCAACCUGUGCACUUGAUUUCCAGACUUCUGUAGGCGUAAUUUUGUCAUAGAUGCAGGCACACAUUCUCUAUCUACAGGCAUCACGAGUGUCCUCUUCACAGGGGGAGUCCCUGACCGCUUCGGCUUCUGCUGACUGCAGAGGUUGGAGCUGCUGUCAGGGGAGGCCCUGAGGUCUUAGCCAGAUCCAAAGUCAGCCUUCUGCACAGACCCAGGCAGGCAGUGGUGCAGGAGGGCUUGGCACCCAGCUGGUGAUGUGGAAAGGAUUCAGGGUGCUGUGGGGAACCCCAGGAUCAGUGCCUGUUGCCUGAGUGUCUCAUUCUGCCUUAGAAGGACUUCUGGAGGCUUCUGUAACUGUAGGGAAGCAAGCAGUAGGGGAGCAUUCUUUUAGCAAAAAGUCUAACGUGGGUGGGUGCCAGUGGCUCAUGCCUAUAAUCCCAGCACUUUGGGAGGCUGAGAU